AUGCCCCCCCUCGUCUGGCUCGUCACUGGCGCACCUUCCGGAAUCAGCCGUGCUACCAUCAAUGAGAUCAUUUCUCGCGGUGACAAGGUCAUCGCCUCCGGCCGCAAUGUCGAACUGCGCCUCGGCGAACUCAAGUCCGGCCACGUCGCCCUGCUCGAACUGGACAUUACCGCCAACGUCGAGAUCCUGGAGCGCAAGGUUCAAGAAGUCUGGAACAUCUUUGGCCAUAUUGACGUCCUCUUCAACAACGCUGGGAUGUCAUCCAUGAAGAGUGUUGCAGAAGCCGACGAAGCCUUCACAGCCCCAGCCGCCUGGACUUCGCUCCCUUUCAUGGGGACCUACAGCGCCUCCAAGGCCGCUCUCUCCAGCUACGUCGAGUCCCUGCACAAGGAACUCAGGCCGCUUGGAAUCCGGUGCGUCUCCAUUGAGUGCGGCGGGUUCCCGACCAAUCUUGGCCAGCCGCGGUUUGAGGCGGAUUCGGCUUUCGGCACAGAAGGAACGAGUCUGCCGGAUGCGUAUGGCCCGCUGUUGACGGAGGUGGGAGGCAUGUUCAUGAGCGAUCCCAUGAAAUUCAUGCCGGGAGAUUUGACCAGGGUUGGGACAGCGAUUGUCGAUAUUGUGAAGGCGGAGGGAGUGGUGGGUGAUAAGAAGUGGGUGGCUAGGGUGCUGCUUGGAUCGGAUGCGUAUGAAAGCGUGGUGCAGAAGUGUGAGGAGAUGGUCAAGGUUGCGGCGGAGUGGAAGGUGGCCAGUUUUGGGACCGAUCGGGAGGAGGCUUUCGAGGGAAAGACGGAUAAGAGGUACUUGAAGUUUACGUCUAUCGUGGACGAGGAAGAGUAGGGGGUUGUUUGAGGGUCCAGACUGGGAUAGGGUUUCGAAGGAAUAAGUGAAGAGAUUGGAAGCUCUGGGGUCAAACCAUUCGAACCGUUAUUUCAAUUCUUCGCAGAUCAUCUCAGGGUUGGAAAGGAGAUCCAUCGUUGACGUUGCCAAGUCGUUGUUGGCCUGUUCAUGGUCGAUCAUGUCGAUCGAUGGCUGCGUUUCUCGGAUGCUGUUUGUUGAUGCUGGUGGGAUGAAUUUUGACGAGGUAUCUGGAGGUGAUUCGCGGGGUACAUUUCAUUGUUGUUAACCAAGCUUGAAAGGUUGAACUGAUUUUUUAAUGUUGUAUUGGUCGGGUGGGGAUGCUUCCUUUUGAUGAUGAUGUUUGGGAACGAAUGAUGAGUUGAGUUGAUGAAAGGUGAAAGUUAC